AUGCACCCCGGCCUGUUCGAUCAAGCUAAUGAGGCCAUCAGAUUCGCAGGGAUGUCACUCGGCUUGCCACGUUAUGUGUCGGGUGGCGUUGGAAGACAUAAUGUAAGGAAGAUGGAUUUGCGUGGUGUGUACCGCCAAUUGGACAAAUAUGUCCUGCAGCUGGUCGCAUCCGGCCCCCCAUCCACUGUUUGUAGAGAACUCUUUGAAAAUUGGGAAGAUUACGAGCGCAUGGACAGCGUUACCAGGCACUUUGGAAUAACCUCAAGCACCUCUAAAAAGGCUUCCGCUAACGAUAGUCAGGCCUUUCCAGAGCCAGCAGACUACUUCCAUUCCUUACUAUUCUACAAGCUCUGCGAAUUCUUCCCAGAGACGAUCAGCUCAUUUAUAGUUUCAGUACCCUCUCUUACAUUAAAGUUUGUGGAAAAGUGCUUCUCCGCCUACUCUCACCCGGUUGUUAGGCUGCGGAUGCGCUACCUGUUCAGAUUCUUCAUUGAUUGCGAGGCAUCUGAAAAUCCAGUCUAUACAUCACGGCAUCUUUCUGUGGAUUCAGAUAGAUCGCCGCCAGCUCAGUUUGCACAGAAGCUACAGUCUAUCUCAGGCCCAAAUCAGCAACGCCUCGAGCAGUUUCUAACCAAGAUCCAGGAACUGCGCCCCCUUGUUACUACUACCCGCAAUUAUUUCAGAAUGCUUUUUCUGCACUUAGACUUCAACUCCAUCAAGCGCUCAAGCAACCAGAAGGACGCUGCUGUGCUGCUGGAGUCUCUGUACUUGUUUCCUGAGUGUGUCCUUUUUGUGUUUACUUAUUUCAGAUUGCUAGACAUUACCCCUACGGAGGCUCUUUGCGUAUCAAUCUGUGACACUCUAUCUCGCACAAUCUCUAUUCUCUCCAAUAAAAAGCACCACGAUACCCUCUCCCAAAUUAUCAAUCUGAUUCUUAAAAACUUGAGCGUCUUUAAACUGUAUGAGAGCAGGCUUCGGCAACACUUCCGGUGUGUUGUCUGCCUGUUCACGGAGGUGUAUUGUUGCUCGGAGGCCUUUAGGUCCUCUUCGGAUGGAAAGGCAUUCAAAGACAGCCUUGUUAAGGAGUCCAACGACAAAUGCAUUAACAUAAUAUAUGCUAUACGGAUACUGACGUCACGGUACCUUCAUGUUGAUAUCCUUUAUGACAAUAUCCUUCAAUUUAUCAAUUCUAUGGACACGCACUCUACUGACUACGGAGAUCUCUUUCACCUGUCCAACAGAAACAUGGAUUGGUUUAUUAGUCUGUGGCACAACUUAAAGUUUGACGCAUCUAAUAAUUGCAUUGACCACUGCAAGAGCCUUGGAGACUACUUUUUUAAUACAGAUUGCUUUCCACAAUUGUACUUUUCUGAUGCAGAUGUGAAAAAGCUUACUGAAGUCAUGUCCCCUAUUCUCUUAUCUUCUGCCGCAGCUAAGCGCAAAAGUACCAUGUACCCUCCGUUUUCCACCCCCACUCCAACAGUUAAGGAGCUCCUUGAAAAGUUGGACAAAAUGAAUCAAGCAUCAAGUAAUUCGGAUACCGUCUCUAUGAAGUCUGAGGCAGACUAUUAUAUCUUCGCUAUUUCAGCCAAAACAAAGGAGUAUAUGAGCCUCUAUCGUCAAUACCCAUACCUUAAUCCACGCUAUCUGAGAUCAGUGUACUUCAUGACACUAGGUUGCUUAGAUUCAGCGCACAAGCACUUGGUGAUGUCCUUAACCCAGGAAUCCCUAUGCUUCAUUCGAUGCUUCUUCUCCUUGCUUCCUCGUAGAUUGAGCUCGUACCUUCUCUGCAAAGAACUGCAAAUCUCGAACUGUGUUCCCUAUGUCAUGAGAGAUGUCAUCUACCCUGAGCUUCUGCUCGACGAGCCCCCUGGAGCCGCUCUUUCAGGCAGUUCGAGCGGUGCAGUACCCGCCACUGGAUUUGGACAUGGCGACCACGACUCGAGUGGAACGAGGAUUCCUGAGGGAACUGGCUCAACUGAGAGACUUUUUGAGCUGCGGCAUGCAAUCAACAAGGCAACUAAGCGCAUUGAGAAAGCCAUUGCCUCCUCCAGCUCCAGCUCCAGCUCUAACCUUGAUAGUGGUGCCCUUGGAGACGCUAAUAUUAGUGGCACUCGGAUAUAUCUUCUUAUUAUGAUUGCCGUGUCGUCCUACUACAAACAGGAGCGGACGUCACCUCUUUAUUUUCUCCCGCCAUAUAUAGACCCACAUCUCUACAGGCUCAUAAGGGUGUAUCUUCUUUCUCCCCAAAACCUAAAUGUUAUUCUCUUCUUCUACACGCGGCGCUGCUUCAAUCUGAAGGUCCUGGAGGAGAUCAUUUUGCCGGGCCUUACCGGGUACAUGAUGCGGUUUAGGCGACAGAUUACGAUCACCAAUGGAUACUAUAAUGGCCACCAAGUGUCCUCUGUUGCGCACUAUAUGCUUUCUGGCAGCACUGAAUACACAGUUCAGGACGACUCACUUCCUAGUACUGAUACGUAUGAAGGUGUAUAUUAUUUUGAUGAGUAUAUCAAGGCACGCAACAAGGCAAGUGCACCCUUAGCCUCCAGGCCCGACGAUCAUCUCUGUGGUCCACGGAGCACAAACUUUUCCUACAUAACUCAUUCUGCAUUCAUUGAUUGCAUAGAGUACAUCUUUUGGUUUGAAAAGCACAAGGAAGGAAAGAUUCGGCUUUUGAGUGAUUUGGUCAGCAACGAUGGAUUUGCAGUCACUGACGCUGAACAGGCCUUGAUUCAGAUUGACCAGGAAGCUCCCUCUCUUCCCCGCAAGAUAUGCCUUCUCAUUGAUACUGCCCUUCUUAUUCUUAUGACGAUGCGGUCGUCCUAUCUAUAUCUUAUUCACCAGCUCAUCAAAGAUGAACAGGAUGCUUUUAUGAAGAUGAUGUGGCCGAAUACGAAUACGAAUGAGCAUGAACAUGCGCUUCAAAUACCGAGUCAUUCUAACGCCUACUUGUUUAAGACUGACACUUCUCGGGCAGCUAUGGCCUCAAAUGGAACAAAUCCGUCUUCCAAAUCAUCGAAUCAUGAUGCUUCUGAUGCUCCAGAUUUGAGCCGUGAGUGCCCCUCUGUACGGUCCUUUUCACAGUACAACCCUACUGAGUUUGCUACGGGGGGCAAUGCAGUAUCCCCUCAUGACCCCGUUACAACUGAUCUCGAGCCUGAGCUGAGUAAUGCGUACGGAAUGGACAGCACAUCGGGGCUUCACGAGGUGCAGCGGAUAAGCGUCGGAAAUGUAACUGCCAACAAUCCAAGAGACAUGUAUACCAGUUUAAUUGUUGUUGAUAAUAACGAUACACCCUGCCCUCCCCUACUCUCCCCUCCCUUUCCGGCUACCACGCCACAAUACACCGACAUUCUUGUGCCUGUCCUCUCACACCAACCAUACCUAUUUUUUGACCAAUCUAUCGAUCCCUUGUCCAAUGUGCCUAUGUUUCAUGUGGUGGGGAAACGGAUCUUGGUAACUCCAAAACGGUAUAGCGACCGAUUUCUUUACUUCGCGAUAAAGCUGAAGGCACUCCUGACAAAGCUUGAAGCCCUCAUAACAAGAAACCUGUUUAUGCUUUGCUCCAAUGACCAAAUACUACAAGCUCUUGGUUUUCUAGAGGGCGCACUCUGUCUCUACCUCGUCACAAUUCCGUAUCAGGCACAUUAUAUUCUCAAGUUUCUGCGUCAGAUCCGCAUCGUUAUUUACGACUCUUUGCGAUCACUACCCAACAACUCCGUAAUGCCCGUAGAUUCCUAUAUGAAGCCGGGGCCAGAUCAACAGCUGAGCACACGAAAAUUUCUACCAUCUCCUCAACAUCAGACCCAAACAUCUAACCACUACCGGUAUCAGCCCAUUUUCGAGUACUUCAUGGACGACUAUAUCAGGGCCUACAGGGCAUUAGAGGAGAUGGAGACCGUUAACACUAGCCCUGAGCAUCUGCACACAAGGUUAUUAUCGCGCGACUUUAAAGGAGUAGCUCACCUAAUGAGAUUCUUCAGAACUGCGCAGCUAACCUUGAAGGGAGCGGAGAUACUUCGCCAGCUCGUCUGGUCUGUACUGGACAAAUUACAUGCGCGAGCAUUUGUCACCUAUUUUCCGCUACAGGCCUAUGGGAUGUUUUUAUCUCUACACAGCACCAUGCUAUGCAUGUUGCCGACUGAUACCAGUACUAGUGUGCAUGGCUUCCUGGGGAUAGACCACUUUGCACUAUCUUGUCUUUAUUGCCCUAAAGGCAUUGCCCUGGACUAUCUCAACUUCCAUGAAUUAGAGUAUCAUAAACACGUCUUAUACAUGGCCAAUCAGCUAAGAACUCUAGACUAUCAUGAGCUUCUAUCUGUGUACUUUUUCAAGACCUUACACUCCGACUUCAGCAGCACUUCUACCAGUAUAGCAAAUUGUCCUUUAACUACUGCGAAAAUACACUCUCCAACCGAUGCCAUCGACGUAUUUAAGCAGAUAAAGUCAUCAUUGAUGCAGGCCUUGAGUUGCAGUCGCACUGCCUCUGGGUCUGCGUUCUUAGAGAGUUUGGAAAUGGCUUGCACCAGGCUUCUUUCCUCUUUUUCCAAGUCAGAAGAUGAUGCCGGCACUGUUAUACAGAACACUCUUGCCGCUUCACUGAAUCCGCUCGCAACCCUCUUCACUCAUCCCGUAGAUGCCCUGGCUCAUACCCUGGACAUUAAACCCCUGAAUCCUUUGUUUGCAACGCUUGACAUGUCUUCUUUGUGUAGCACCCCUUAUGAUGAGAUCAUGCUGAACUAUAUAACAGACCACUUUGCCAGCGCACUUGAAAAACCUUCAACUCGUGCCACUGUCCUAGCUACCCGUCCCAUUGAAUCUGUCCCGGAGCAAUCGGCUGCCAGCGCUCUGCACUCGCAACAUACAACUGUACCGAUCUCCGUUUUUCCCAACGCAUCUUUUGGGGAAAAGACAGUCAUGCAUCACCGUACACUAUCAGAUCACGGCAACAUCCCAACUGCUUCUGGAAAGUUACCCAUUACCCGAACCAGCAACAAUACUUCCAUCCCGGGAGACUUUGGGUCACUGCCAGAUUGUUCCUCGAGUAUUCUGCAAAUGUAUGGUAGCCUCAUUACACCAGAGCUGUUGCUUCUAGCUGCUUGGACCAUUCAGCCAUCUCUGGACGCUAACUUUAGCCUCACAUCAGAAGAGAUUGCAAGGCGAUGCAUAUCAGAAAUGCCCCCUGAGCUCAACAACCAUCUAGAGCCUUCAACGCCCAUCCUUUGUAAAGGAGAAGCAGAUUUUAUAACUGAGUUACUGGUAAUCAAUAAUAGAUUGACCCCGUCCUUGCAGAAGGACGAGCCCUUGAACUCUAAAACGUCCUCUGCUAACAUUUACCAACCCGCUCCAAUGGUAACUCCCUUGUUUGAAAGAACUAAGUUGGAUCUCUCUCCGUUAUUGGCCCACAUUCCAUUUGUGGAAGCUUCUUGCCCGCUUUCGACAAGAGUGACUCAGAAUAGCUUGGGUGCCCUUAGAACAGUAUCCACCAUAAUUUCUAAGGACCAGAUCUCACAAGGAAAGACUCAACUCCCACUCACUAACUUCGUUCUCUACUUGAAGACCUUUGGCUCACCAACCAUAUUUUACUGCAUCAUAGCUUUUAUGGUUACCGAGCUCAUGGAGCCUUAUAAGCUCAUAGAACGUAAGUUGGCAAUUCCCCUACUCCUUGUAUUAGAGCGCAUUCUAUCGUUGUGGGUAGCAGUUCCUCUUUUCAUCUCCCAGUUUGAUGAAUUGUUUGAUGAGUUGGGGACGGAGGGUAUACAGGCCGACGAUCCAAUCAGUGAUAGCACCAUUAGGAGCUGUGUCAUCUCCACAAUCUGUAGAACAUAUGCUCAACAGGACAAGCACUCUGCAUGCGAUUCAUCUUUUUUAUCUCCCCUUCUAGACUACAACGUCGUGGAUCCUAGCCUCUCGUUUAUGCCCCGUUUAACUGCCCAGCUUCUGCGCGCAUUUGAUGCGGCUGAAUUACAGAGCACACCUUCAAAGACUGAAUUUUUCAAUCUAAUGACAACGAGGGAAAAGCCCUUCUCAUACCUUGCCUUCAAGAAACGUGCGGCCUACACCUUACGCUUUUUAUGUAGAAAGGAUUUUUUACACAUUGUUAAAACUAUACAUGAACGCUUGACGGCCGUCAUUGAGGACUCUAUCAAGCUAAUCAGCUCAUCUCCCAGUGAAAACAGAACCCUUAUUGUAGACAUUCACUCUAUUCAAUAUGUCAUAGAAUUAAUGACGCGACUAAAAACGACCAUUGACAAUGCACUUCGGGCACAAGAGUCUGUCUCGUUCCUACUAACCAAACUAAACACCCAGUCGCUUCUGCUCCAGUUCUCUAACUCAUAUCUCCUUCAUCAUAAGCUCUCUACUGAAAGGAGAGUCUUUCAUGGUAACCUUCUAAAGCAAAUCCUGGACCAGGAGCUUCCUCAAGACGAAAGCAAGACACACCUUCGGCUCCUCCCAAGACGGUUGGUUGCAUCGACCAAGCCCCUCGCAGACCUAGUCCACAGAAGAGAGACCAUCUAUAAUGCAUUCAUCGAAGCGCAGAAGGCCUCUCUUUAUAAGCAGUGCUCACCUGAUAUUUAUGUCGUCUCCAACGGGCUCCUAAUGGACUUGUAUAUGGCGUACAACGUCUUCGGAUUUUGCCGCUACUUCAGGGAUCACGUGGAUCACAGCUUUGCUACACAUCAGCCUCUCCACUCUAUCUACGAGCACCGCAACCUCAUAGACGCGGCAGAGCAGGACUCUACUACAUCAGAUAGCGUCCUUAACACAUCAUCUAGUAAUUCCGACUCUCAGCAGGCCCUGGAAUCUAAUUCAAGGUCUGUGUCUCCCGGCACAGAUACACCUGAGUCUAUAAUUAAGAAUACCAACGCAGCGGUUGAUCUGCUCUUUGAAGAGUCAGAAACACUUUUCAAUUAUCUAGAAUCCACCCCGUCAUUGUACAAAGCCUCACCUGAUGCCAAACUAACUGUCUUUCUUGCUGAACUCAAUCAGGCUAUUAGGAACAUCUAUCAUUAUUUUGAGAAAAUACCGGAAUCAAAUCCCUUGAGAUAUCCUACAACUACUGAUGCGAUCCUACUGACUUCUCAAAAGGGUCCUUCCCAUGAAGCCGGACUGCGACCUAGCAGUCUCAGAGGUGAGAUGACCAUGUCAACGCACGCUCUUGGCUCUACCAACUACUACGAUAUUCACAAUCAAGAUAAUCUCAAGGCUGACCAGCUAAGAUCUUGGGAGGCCCUUGACUCUAUGAUGAUCUCUAUGUGCAGCGCUAAGAGCGACCACGUUGCUUUUAAUCUGAAACUUUCAUAUCUAAUUGAGCACGUUACUUGCUUCAUUUCUUCGCUUCGUUUGAUAGACUCCAUCAAGACCAUUCUAAAUUACAUCCUCAGCAAGCUCAACACCGUAGGAAAUCUGUCUCCCUUCAUCUCCUCCAACGGUUACUACAAUAUUGGCACCAGGGAGGAAAGCGAGAAAUGUGCACAGUACAGCACACUGAGCUACUUCAUGUCGCAUUAUAUGCCGCAAAAGACUUCGCAGGAUUCAUCUCCGUCUUUGUUUGAUAGCCCAAUUAAUCAGACAGUGCGGGGUUCUUUCAAAAAUGAUACUGGCUCUGUCUUUCUUGGGGCGGAGGUUCAGGCCCCUGAAGAUGGUCUCACCAGGACAUCGCAGCCAGUCGAUCUUACUUUAGAUGAAUCAACCACCACUGUGGUGAUGUCAGUAGGGAACGACCAUGAUCAAGAAAGCUGCACCGUCUCAGAAGAAACCAACUCUCACGAGGAGCAGGCAUACUCCAUGCGACUUGAAUCUACCAAUGCGCAACAGCAGCAGAACCUGAGCUGCCAGGUUUCCAGAAUCAGCAAGUUAGCAGACAGCAUGACGUGUACGAUUCUUCUGCUGGGACUGGCUUCUUCCCUUGGAAGCGACACGUGUCCUGCAUUUAAGAAUCCUAGCGUCCUCUUGGAGUGUCAGAUGGGUGAUCUCAGAAGGUUGGUCCUUUCAACCAGAACACCAGGCCCAUCGGCCGAUAGCCAGAAUGAUCGUAAUUAUAGCGUACAAUCACACUGCGAUUCAACGCAGCUGUCUACUUCUGGGCUUCAUAACGAUCCAUCAGCUCUCCUUAUAGCUGAACAGAGUUUUGCCAAACGCGCUGAAAUGCCGUCUGUUUCUUCCCAAAUCCAAGGACAGAAAUCUAAACUGAGAACCCAUCGCCGAGUAAUUUCAAACUUUCUGGGCGUUGCUAUGACCGAGGAAGGAACAAGUACUGUGGCACUAGAAGCUGGAGCGAAAUCGGCCCACGCCUUAGAAACACGACACUCUCCUUUAUCGGCAUCCACACAGAAACAAGCCUCAUCUUCCAAGUUAUCCAAGCAAGGAGACGAGGUGAGGGUAACGUGCUUCUUUGAUGAUUUGGCUAUUUUCCAAAAGCUCUUUUCGGCCCAUUGUAAUAUGACUGUCUAUCGUGAACUAGAGAAGAGGGCGUUUGAGCCACACAAGUUUUGCAGUAGUAUUAUGAAUUUUAGCAGAUCCUCUCAGCUCUCUUACUCUAGUAUCUGCGUGCUUUGGAUCCUUGUUGUUAUUCUAAUGCAGUCGCCAUCAUUCCUGUACAAAGAUAUAGGUCAGUACCUGGCACUUCUGAUGACCCGUGGCCAGAAUAACAGCCUAACACAUCAAUGGGCCAAGAUCUUAAAGUCUCGCAUGCUUCAGUCUUCAACGUCCUUCUCGCUCGGCGCCACUCAGACCAGCUCUCUGUCUGAAGGGCUAUACUCCCAAUUCUUUAAAAAGUUCUGCUCCAACAUAGUGCACAGAGCCGCUUUCAUGGCACCGGGACUACUUAAGAUCAUAACGGGAAGCAUCCAGAGCAUAUCCCUUCAAAAGAACCUACUGAUGCUUCCUCUCCGUGAAAUCUGCGCUAAGUUCAAUUCUGAUUUCUUUCUAAUAAAACUGGCAGAUGUCUAUGGGGAAACAGGCAACUUCUUAGCAAUGAUAUGCAACAGACCGAUUACCCCCAGCCUUUGCUAUGCUUCUAUCUUUUAUAGAUACUUCUCUGAGACAGCACCAGUGCGUGCACACACUACUGAUAUGAACACGCAAGUCCCCCAGGUCCUCCUUGAGUACACCGAAGACGCCGGUGUUAAGCCUCGUCAGAACUAUGAGCUAUCAGUCAUCUUUCUAACAGAACUGUUAAAGCUAGCGAAUAAUAUGCCUGACCUUGUCCAGUCGUUUAGUUCAAACAUCAACAAGUUUUACAUAGUCCCAAUCAUCACACGGCUGUUUUCUCUUUGCAUCAAGAGCAACCACUAUAACACCCUAGUGCGCUUCACCGAGCGUCGGAGCGAGUUUUCCAAGGUCUAUAGCGCAAUCAGCUCUGCGGUUGCUAAAGAUGUACACCUUAACAAUCUGGGUCAGUGGAAGCUUAACGAUAGAUUUACGAAGAAUUUGUCCGCUGACUUUCUGCUUAUUGAGGCUCAUCUAUCGUUUUCCCAGGGAGAGCUAAUGAAGCCCACAAUGCGUCGCCUCUUGGGCAUAACAUCCACAGAUUGGCUCCCUGAUUUUUCUGCCCAUCGCCAAGCGCUUUGCAGGACCGCUGUUGAAACACUUGGGCAGCUCUUCACUUCUGGAGAUACGUCGGGCCUGCAGCUAUCACAGGACAGUCUUCCCGUCAACAUUAUCAGUAACAUCCCUAAGUUUACCGCAGAGGUCUCAGAGGUCGAUGAAGACAACAAUUUUCUCACAGCAUAUGACGCCAUGAUUGAGAUAUCCGCUGAUAUUUUCUUUCGGAUCUUCAAAGUACUCUCGAAAAACUACUCCAAGAGCAUAUUCAAGGAAUUAAGACGCUACAUCUCAAUAUACAGCCCCAGAUACUUGGGUAUUAGGAGCACCUUGUCCCAAUCCCCACUGAUCUUCACGACUUAUCCUGUGCAAUAUUCCUUAUGCUAUGCUGCGAAAGAUUUUUUUGCUAACGCUCUUAGCACCGAAUACAAAGACUCUUACAGGGAGACUUACGACUCUCUAGAAUACCUCACUGAUUCUAGGGCGACAGGCCUGGGAUUACCCAUCAACCACUUUCCUAAGAAAAAAUACAAACAACUUAAGGUGUGCGGACGGCGACUGCCAGACCUUUGGAACGACAAGCAAGAUAGUUACGGCGUUGAUGCGACAUGCUCUCGCUGGGGUGCUUUUGCUGGGUCUAAUGCUUCACUGAACUGCGACUCUGCAUCCAGCUUUGAUACCUAUGUGCACCUGUCUCGGAAAUGCCACGACGGUGAAACUGGGCAUUCUUGGGAUAACGCCUGUUUAGGUUAUAUAGUUGAAUCCAUAGUCUUUCUUUUUAUAUCACCUGCGAUGGUAUUGGUGAGCCCCACGUCUCCAUACUUCAUUGUAAAGCGUUCCGAGGGUAUGACCUUUGAGGCUGAUGCCCAGGAUAAGCCCUCUCAUUCUAUCCUUCUUUCUCCAGAGCUACCUGAUAUCACCGACGGUUCUGUUGACCUAAGUGAGUCUGGAUCUCACUGGACUCAGAUAUCCCAACGUCCCCUAUUUCCUUUCUCUUCGAACACUGUCAUUUGUGAUUGCCCACUGUCUGCAACUACAAUGGUACAAAAUCUGCAUGAGCUCGGGGUAAGUUUGACGCGUGAUAACCUUGUAUCACCCUCUCUUGGUUCACAGACCGAAAACUUGGCCACUUACGCACCUCAAGAUCACCACUCCAUGCAACUGGCUUCACUCAUUUAUAUGGACCCAAAGGGCCUGGGAAGCUCAGCUAUUGCGGACACACACAGUGUUCUUUCCGGGAACCCCUCAAGCAAUCAAUCGAUCAAGAUCCAAGAUUAUCAAGCGGAUGAAAGUGACGACAUCGAAACAAGGAAGAUGAUUAGUCAGCUACUCUAUGUCAAUCUUCACAGUCAGCUUCCUGCCUCUGUGGUGAGUGAUUAUCUUCUCGAUCAAGAUGCAUUUAUGACUAACGCGCUGCAGUUUGUGUCCACGGCUAACGCAGCGUCUCUCCCAGCCCUCUACUCAUUGCUGUACAACGGUGUGCAGCAGGAUCCUCAGGCACCGGCGGCUAAGGACGCUCGCCGGCAUGCUCUAUCAUUUCUCAUUCAGCACGGUCUUACGAGCACAGAUUUGCUGCACACCAAAAUAGUGGAAUAUCAACGUACCGAGUUUAGCAAUAAAAUAGAUAAGCUAUUGGAGUACAUCAUUGACACACGUAAGUUGGAUAGGCAAAACACCAAUAAGGUACAGCGUCAAGACCUUUGUGUAGAGAUUUAUAAGGUCCUCGGCUUCAGAUAUCUGGACAGUGAGUUCAUUAAUCGCCUAAUUCUUUCCGCUUGUGUGUUAGCGCUAGAUUGCUCCUUGCCCCUGAACUAUGCCGGUAGCAGUCCCCCCUGCGUGAACCCCCAGAAACGAAAUAAUAGCAUCAGCCGAAAGCCGGUUGUUCCUCAAUCAGGUUACUUUGCCGGCUCUGAGUCAAAUAUUCCGGCAAAAGGCGCCCGUAAAAGUAGAGCCCUUGCUGAUGUUGUUUUCGUGGAUGAUAAGACGUCAUCCACAAUGGGCACUGUCUGUGAAGGGCAGGCCUCUUCCACCAAUACCAAGCAGCAAUCUAUGGACCUCACUUGCCCUAGCAGCAUCAGCGUCAACAUGACACACACGCUACCGGAGCUAGACUUACCGAAUCCUCUGUGUUUCAACAUAUACAGCAUCAAAUCUAUUGAAGCACGCGACUCCGUUCUUACGCACGUCAUCUCGCCUGCAAUAUAUGCGCAGUUGCCCUUACUCAGGUACAUCAUUGACAGAUUCGUCUCUUUUAUUUCUUCAACCCUUCAAAGCAAGUACAAGCUACCCACCAGCGUUGACGGGGUCGAAAAUGAUGGAAUUGCAACGUCGAGGCUCCUGACAAAUGCCUCGCCAAGGGAUAGAUUUUAUUAUACUAAUCACUUUAACUUCUUACUAAGCACACACUUCAAUGAAAUAAAAGCUGUCGACCAUUUGCUCUGUCUUCUGGUCAACUCAGCAAUUCUGGUUCGGGAAACGUCAAUCAACACCGCUUGGGAGGCGUUGGAGAAGUCUCGAAACGUGCUGAUGCAGCAGUGCAUUGUGGCAUUUUAUACAUAUCUGAUAUUAGAACAUCACGCACCUGUCAGUAUGUGUACGCCAAUGGGUAAGAGUCACGGCCGUCUAACCAUUGUAACCAUAGGAAAGGUCAUUGCGAGUCUCCUACUUCUAGAUAUCCGCACCCUACUCUAUUCAGGAUUCUUUCUCCUCGGCUCCUGUCACCGCUUGGCUUCCCACUUUCCACCUACUGGAAAACAGUACUUCAACUCCCUUAUACGCGUGGUGCGCUCGCUUCUUCUUUGGUUGGAGCAGGAUGGGAAGAUAGAGAUGCUUCAGGGCCGCUCUAGUCUAUCGCUGACGGAGACCGAAAGCGUUCCAAAGGCCAUCACAAGCACGGUUGUUCAUAUAUCGAGAAAGACAGUUGGUAAUAAGGAGCGCAAAAGGCUUCUGUCUCGUCUUCUCUUCAAUAUUGUUACGCACACACUCGCUAUCACCGUGAGUGAUUUCUCCGGUGCUAGACGAUCUCACUCUGUGUCCUGGAAGGUCUAUGCGCAAACCAAUGGCCAUAUUCAUCCAACGCUGAUGCCAAACAAGUGCUUACAGUAUGAGAAGGUGUAUACUAAUACAUUUGAGAGGAUCCAAGACGAUGCCUAUGCAAUAGUGCACGAGCUGCUCCAAAGCCACCCUUCGGCUCCAAAACUGAACGCUCAAUACAUUUCGCUGAUUCAAGGCUUUUCUUCUGACCCAGAUAAUUCUGAGAUACAGUGCAAUGUCCAGAGGAUUGAGUUCCCUAGCACUAGCUACUCUGCGUCGCUGUUAUCAGAAGAGGUCGUCUCGCGUUGCAUUCGUGAUGUGUACUACUAUGACGAUGAGUACACCUACAUAAUAGAGAUGUGCACCUGUAUUGAUGCAUUCACGGCCCUUGUGAACCCUAAAGACAGGCUUAACCUGCCAAUCAAUACUUCCCCUGAAAGCCAGAAGGUGCUUCCGCUGAACCAUCCUAUCUUAUAUCUGUGGGGUCCAUCUCCGUCUCAUAACGAGGUGUUCCUGCGUAGUGUCAUCUAUUCCGUGGAGAUCUUGCGAAUUAUCUUUCUUCGAGCGAAGUGUGAGCUUUCUUUUAUGGAGCUCUUUGGGGACUUCAUUGACGUUCUCUAUAACACUGCUUUCCAAGGUGUUGUCACUGCGCUACUUGCAGUCGAGUCUCUCUCGAACCUUCCCGACGACUUCUUGGAAAGAAAGAGCAAGCUACGCACUCAACUGCCCACUGCUCGGCACCUUGUCGAGGUUUCUACCCAGAGCCUGCUGAAAGAAGGAGUUCGCUCCUUACACACAGACGAGGCUGUGAGGAUCCUUACAGUCCUGGUGGCCUCUGGGCCAAUGUAUGAGGUACCCGCUGCGCUCAUAUUGCUGGAAGUUAUCCGCGCCCUACAAAUCCAGUCUCUAUCGCAAAUAGAUAGAGAGACACUGACAAAACGGUAUAGCUCACCCCUGACAGAGGCGAUAGUCAGACACGUUCUUUCACUUCCCGAAGGAAAAACCGAAACGGAAAUGAAGAUCAAUGCUUUGGGAAGCAUAUCUCGCAUUUUGGCACACUGUUUUGACCUGCCUCCGUCAGCAUUUAGCCACUAUAAUUUGCCAUGA